AUCGCCUUUGGAUUCCUUUUCACUUUUGGUUUUCCCAAAUUCCCUACCGCAUAUAUCAGACUAUGUCAAAGAGCAUCAUUAGGCGAGAAGGUGAGGAACCUGGACUUGAGUUUCCUAUAUGUGAAAUGAAGAUAUUCUCAUAUUGUCCACUGCUUUCAAAGGAGUGUUAGGAAAUUAAAGGAAUUUGACAUCUCUUUAGGGUGGAAAGGAAAAGCAAAAAUUAUAUGAAAGGAGAAGCAAGGGGAGAUAGGCUUCCAGAAACUUUUGCUGGCCGUAAUUUUAGGUGAAACCAGGGAACAGUUUACCUUGACUUCUGUGGAAUCUGAAGCUCUACCAGUUUGCACCACGUUUUGGCUGUGCAGGCAUUUGAAAUCCUAUUCUAAGAACACUAUGGUGUUGGGGCCUGAACAGAAGAUGCCAGAUGAUGAUGUUUCUGAAGAUCAUGGGGACUCUGCCAGUCUUGGUGCCAUCAACCCUGCCUACAGUAACUCCUCUCUUCCACAAUCCACCGGGACCUCAGAGGACCCCUUCACCACCUAUUUUGAUGAGAAGGUUCCCAUUCCUGAGGAGGAGUACUCUUGUUUUAGCUUUCGUAAACUCUGGGCUUUCACGGGACCGGGUUUUCUUAUGAGCAUUGCCUACCUGGAUCCAGGAAACAUCGAAUCUGAUUUGCAGUCUGGAGCAGUGGCUGGGUUUAAGUUGCUCUGGGUUCUUCUGUUGGCCACCAUCGUGGGACUCCUUUUGCAGCGCCUUGCAGCUAGACUGGGAGUGGUAACUGGGCUGCAUCUUGCCGAAGUGUGUCACCGUCAGUAUCCCAAGGUCCCACGGAUUAUCCUAUGGCUGAUGGUGGAGUUGGCUAUCAUUGGCUCAGAUAUGCAAGAAGUUAUUGGCUCAGCCAUUGCCAUCAAUCUCCUGUCUGUAGGAAGGGUUCCCCUAUGGGGUGGAGUUCUCAUCACCAUUGCAGAUACCUUUGUAUUUCUCUUUUUGGACAAAUAUGGCUUGCGGAAGCUGGAAGCAUUUUUUGGCUUUCUCAUCACUGUUAUGGCCCUCACAUUUGGAUAUGAGUAUGUUACAGUGAGACCCAGCCAGAGCGAGGUACUCAAGGGCAUGUUCCUGCCAUCCUGCUCAGGCUGCGGCACCCCACAGAUCCAGCAGGCUGUGGGCAUCGUGGGAGCUGUCAUCAUGCCACACAACAUGUACUUGCAUUCUGCCUUAGUCAAGUCCAGGCAGGUAAACCGAGCCAAAAAGCAGGAAGUUCGAGAAGCCAAUAAGUACUUUUUCAUUGAAUCCUGCAUUGCUCUCUUUGUUUCCUUCAUCAUCAAUGUUUUUGUCGUCUCAGUCUUUGCCGAAGCAUUUUUUGACAAAACCAACCAGCAGGUGAUUGAAGUCUGUAGAAAUAGCAGCAGUCCCCAUGCUGGCCUUUUUCCUGCUGAUAACUCAACACUGGCUGUGGACAUCUACAAAGGGGGUGUUGUUCUGGGAUGUUACUUCGGGCCUGCUGCUCUCUACAUCUGGGCAGUGGGGAUCCUGGCCGCAGGACAGAGCUCCACCAUGACUGGAACCUAUUCUGGCCAGUUUGUCAUGGAGGGAUUCCUGAACCUGAAAUGGUCACGCUUUGCCCGAGUGAUUCUGACCCGCUCUAUUGCCAUUAUCCCUACUCUGCUUGUUGCUGUCUUCCAAGAUGUAGAACAUCUAACGGGGAUGAAUGACUUCCUCAAUGUUCUGCAGAGCUUACAGCUUCCCUUUGCUCUCAUACCCAUCCUCACGUUUACAAGCUUGCGGCCAGUAAUGAGUGACUUUGCCAAUGGAAUAGGCUGGAAGAUUGCAGGCGGGAUCUUGGUCCUUAUCAUCUGUUCCAUCAACAUGUACUUUGUCGUGAUUUAUGUCCAGAGUCUAGGACAUAUGUUUUUAUAUGUGGUGGCUGCUGUGGUCAGUGUGGCUUAUCUGAGCUUCGUGUUUUACUUGAUUUGGCUAUGUUUGAUUGCAUUGGGCAUGUCCUUCCUGGAUUGUGGGAGCACGGUAAGCACCUCUAAAGUCCUGACUGAAGAAGCCACCGGUGACUAUACUAAGUAGACUACUGGAUCAGUCUGUCUGAUCCAGGUAGCCAUCAGAGCCAGUGUGUUUCUAUGGUUUACUGUGUGAACAUAGCCAAAGGUAUGUGCUGUUGCACAGACUGCAUUUAGGACUCAACUGUUUGUUGCUAAAGACUUUAUUUCACAUAUGUUUGAAAGAUGGAAUUUUUUUUCUUCCUGACCUUCUAACCUGGGAACUGGAUUAGGUACGAUCUUUGAAAAGCUAACGAUUUGCUGCUGUCAUUCUAACACUAAACUGUUAAGGAGCUGCUGAAGGGUCAGCUUAUUUUACCCUUUUGAGAGAUAAAUGUCUAUGCAUGAUUCUUAACUAAGCUUUAUGUUAAAAAAAAAACCACAAAAAACAUUUGGAAAUGCAAUAAAUUUCAUAAUAAAAGUAUAGAAUGGGUAUGCAAAUUUGUUUAUUAAAAGAUAAUGGAUUUUAAAAGGCUGAGAAAUACUUAUGCAUACCCUUUCAAUUAUUUUAAUUAUAAAAAAAUAAAAUCUCAACUAGAGGGGUUUAUCCACAUUAAAUAUAAAAUUAUGAGACAUCUGCCUCUAUUAGAAUUCUUUCAGUUUCUUUCUACUUUAAAUUUCACAUUGGAAGUUAAGAGGGGUGAGAAAGCAUAAAGGUGAUAAAUGGACAAUAGCAAAACUCACCUGUAAGUGGUGGUUACAAUCACCUCAGGAUUUUCUUGGGAGUCCUGAUUUUAAUAACUUUUAUGUUAAUACACAGAGCUUUCCUGAUACUUACUCUCAAGCACAUAUAGUUGUAAAACCUUCACCUUCCUCCUCCAGGAGGGUGGUGAUAGAAAAAGAUGGUAGCAUUUAUAAACUGAUGCUCUCAUGAGACUUUGGGGUGAGGAGAAAAGACUUGAAAGGAGAAGAAGAGCCAUCUGUUCUAUUCCUAAAAGCCACCUCCUACAGCAUCAUCAUGUUUUCCUGAAGUGUGCCCAGGACGGCUUGCAAGGCAGCCUCAGGAGCUGUGGACCUACCUGAUGCAAAGCUCUCUCUCACCAAGUCAGUAGGCAUCACUGUGGUUGCAGCAAAGUUCUCUCUCAGCAAGGUUGCACGGGGCUACCUCUCUUCAGCCAUUCCCUCAGAGGGCAAAACUUUUUGAGACCAGAUGGUGGAGCUCUGGAAUCAGAGGAAAUGGGUCCCUUCAGCAUGAAGCUGCUGCUCUUCAGCCACUUGUGACAUUUUUACUCAUGGAACCCAAGACUAUGUGAUUAUCUCAAGUCAGAUCACAUUUGUGUGAUGGAAACAAAUAAUCAAGUCUUUUAUAGCUGUUGACUUGGUGAGGACAGUAAUGGGAAUGGCACUGAAUGACUUUUCAUUUUGGAGGUGCUUUCCUUCUAGAGUCCUGGUGGAUUGAUGUUCUCUGUUCAUUUGAGCACUUAAAGGCAUUAUUGCUGAUAUUUUGCACACAGUCAAAAGUGCAGACUGGAUAGAUUGUCUUUUAUAAGUCUUUUUUUU